ACUCCUCAGAACAGUCAGACGUGAACUGAACAGGGUCCACUGGUCCCUGAAAUUCUUCUGUAUUUGUUUUUCCUGCCUGAAACCUUUUUAGCCAAGGGGAACUUUAGAACUUGAGGGUCCUUUGGCCCUGAUACAGACUCUUGAAAACUUCAGAAACGAAUGGUGACGAUAUGACCAAGAAUCUUCCUGGCCUCAGGAGUGCAUGACCAUUGGCACUAAUAAAAACUGGGCCCUUUAAGCUUUUGGUUCAUGGUGGGAUCUUGCUUGCACCUCAGUACCAGGCCUAUUGCAUCUCCACUGCUAAGGCGGCAGCAGCGGCAGCAGCGGGGAAAAGCGGAUUCAGCCCGGAACCACACUGAGAGCUCGCGGUCGCGACUUGCCGCCCUAAGCGCUCUCCUAAGUCCAGCCCGCUCGGCGAGGACUUCCUUCUCCUGGACGAACCUUGUCAAGCAAGCUGGGAUCUAUGAGUGGAAAGGUGACCAAGCCCAAAGAGGAGAAAGAUGCUUCUAAGGUUCUGGAUGACGCCCCCCCUGGCACACAGGAAUACAUUAUGUUACGGCAAGAUUCCAUCCAAUCCGCGGAAUUAAAGAAAAAAGAGUCCCCCUUUCGUGCUAAGUGUCACGAAAUCUUCUGCUGCCCGCUGAAGCAAGUGCACCACAAAGAAAACACAGAACCCGAAGAGCCUCAGCUUAAGGGUAUAGUUACCAAACUAUACAGCCGACAGGGCUACCACUUGCAACUGCAGGCAGAUGGAACCAUUGAUGGUACCAAAGACGAGGACAGCACUUAUACUCUGUUCAACCUCAUCCCUGUUGGUCUUCGAGUGGUGGCUAUUCAAGGAGUUCAAACCAAGCUGUAUUUGGCAAUGAACAGCGAGGGAUACUUGUACACCUCGGAACAUUUCACACCUGAGUGCAAAUUCAAAGAAUCAGUGUUUGAAAAUUAUUAUGUGACAUACUCAUCAAUGAUCUACCGUCAGCAGCAAUCAGGCCGAGGGUGGUAUCUGGGCCUGAACAAAGAAGGAGAGAUCAUGAAAGGCAACCAUGUAAAGAAGAACAAGCCCGCAGCACAUUUUCUGCCCAAACCACUGAAAGUGGCCAUGUAUAAGGAGCCGUCUCUGCACGAUCUCACGGAGUUCUCCCGAUCUGGAAGUGGGACCCCGACCAAGAGCAGAAGCGUCUCCGGUGUGCUGAAUGGAGGCAAAUCCAUGAGCCACAAUGAAUCAACGUAGCCAGUGAGGGCAAAAUGAGGGCUCUAUAACAGAACCUUACCUCCAGGUGCUGUUGAAUUCUUCUAGCAGUCCUUCAUCCAACAGUUCAAACUUAUCAGUGAGGUUUACCAAAUAUACAGGCAGAGUUCCCUAUUCUAUCUGCCGUUACACCUUGUUAUCAACCAUACUAAAGCCCCAUAAUUUAGAUUGAGCUUGUGCAAAAGAAUGCCAAGCAUUAUCAAUGAACUAAAUCUGGAAGAAGGACUGCCAAAUUUUCUCAUGAUCUCACCUAUACUUUGGGGAUAACACAGCAAAAAAUAUUUCACAGCACUAACGCUGGUCAAUUUGCAUCCCAACUAAGAAAAUUUAAAUGACCACAAUUAUACUUUAAAAAAAAAACAAAAUAAAAUUAACUGCUUAAAUGUUU